CCGGCCCAAAGAUUCAACAGUUCCUACAAAAAUAUAGCUCUCUCCUCUAUCCUCGCCGCCUCUCUCUCUCUCUCUCUCUCUCUAGAAUCCAAUGGCCUCAACAUUGAGAACUCCUGUACUUCUUCUACCCUCUUCAAGAUUGAGCCCAUCUCCCGUUGAGAGCCCAAGAGCUCUUGUAAGUUUCUCUUCCACUAAGCAAUGUGCUCUUCAGCUCAAGGUCUCUCGUUUGCCUGUGAAGCAGUCUCUUCGAUUUCCAACCUUUGUGCCCUUCUCUGCUUCUGGGGAGACUGCAGAUACCAAAGAGGCGGAUGAAGUGAUAGCAGGGGAAGAUUCAGAAGAUGAAUCUUCUAAAGAGAAUGCUGUAAAUGGUGAUGAUAUUGCCGAGACAGAAGGAAAAACAGCUUCACUUUUUAUGGCGUCACUACAAUCAUAUAAAGAAGCUUUGGCAAAUGAUGACCAAUCUACAGUUGCAGAACUCGAGGCCUUUCUUCACUCAAUUGAAGAUGAGAAAAACUCUCUUGGGAACAAAGUUGCUGUUAUUUCUGAUGAGCUAUCCGCUGAAAGGGAUCGCGUCCUUAGAAUUAGCGCAGACUUUGAUAAUUUCAGGAAGAGGACUGAGAGAGACCGCCUCUCUUUGAUGGAGAAGGUGCAGGGAGAAGUCGUGGAAAGCUUGUUGCCUGUUCUCGAUAAUUUUGAGAGAGCUAAAACUCAAAUCAAAGUGGAGACUCAGGGAGAAGAGAAGAUAAAUAACAGUUACCAGAGCAUUAAUAAGCAGUUUCAUGAGAUUCUCACCUCACUCGGGGUUGAAGCUGUCGAAACUGUUGGCACCCAAUUUGAUCCUCUUCUUCACGAAGCAAUAAUGCGAGAAGACUCAGCAGAGUAUGAAGAGGGCAUUAUAGUUCAAGAAUUUCGGAAGGGUUUCAAGCUCGGUGAGAGACUGCUCCGGCCAUCAAUGGUGAAAGUAUCGGCUGGGCCUGGGCCUGAUAAGUCUGAUGAGGAUCCAAUUCCUCCUGCAGAUGAGGGAAUAUCUCCUGUAGUCAAAGAAGAGAUUUCAGAUUUCGACGAAAGUGUUGAUAGUUCAGAUUCCGACUAACUUACAUUAGUUUUUGCUUCAGCUUAUGAGUCGAACAAAUAUUUUUUCCAAGAGCAGCUGCUGCAGAGAUCGAAAGGUUUAGACUUGGGUUUGUAAUUUUUUAAGUUAUAAUUAUUUUUUGUAAGAGAUGACACUUAUAUUGCUUAGACAGUGGACAAGAUCAGAUCUAUAGUUCUCAUAAUUGAUAUAAUGUUAUGUUCAUGUUAUGAUCUA